GACUCCUUGUCAUGUGACAGGAUCUGUUGUCAGCGAGGAGCAAGGAAACAGAACAGAACAAGGAAAGUGUAGAAAAUCUAAAUCUGAGACGCCGAGAAUCAUGGUUUUUUGUCAAACGGACAGAAUUGAGUUUGUUUUAUAUCACAUUUAAAAUGUUGCUUUUUAUAUAACGGGUUUUUUUACGCUGCGACCAAUGAAUGUCCCUGUGUGAAGUGGCAUUGAGUCAUUUGUUGAACUUUGUUCUGUGCUGAAGAUGAAUGCUCUGGUUGCCCUCUGUCAUUUCUGUGAGCUCCAUGGCCCUCGGACGUUGUUUUGCACCGAGGCACUGCACCCUCCAUCGCCGUCCCCUUCAUCCCAGACAGGUGCCCCAGUGCCUGGGGACAGGGACAGAGAUGGUGACCGUGAAGGUGAAGGGCUGACCAUGAGGGCCAACAGCUCUGCCACUCAGAGAGGGGAAAUGUGUGAGGGAUGUCGAUCUCUUCCUGCAUCUCACCCAGGAUUUGUGAGCAUUGAUGAUGAAACAGGCAUUCGCUUCCUGAGCCACCAGCAUCCCAGACAGCCACAGCUGUUCAGCGUGGUCCGCCAGGCCUGCGUACGCAGCCUCAGCUGUGAGGUAAACAGUGAUGUGUGUCCCGGCCGUGAAGGACCAAUUUUCUUUGGCGAUGAGCAACAUGGUUUUGUGUUCUCACACACCUUUUUUAUCAAAGACAGCCUGGCCAGGGGCUUCCAGCGCUGGUACAGUAUUGUGAUGGUAGCAAUGGACAGGAUCUACCUUAUCAACUCCUGGCCUUUCCUGUUACGCCACCUUAGACUCACUAUACAGAGCCUGCAAAGCACAGCCCUCAAGGUGUUUGACAAUGAACAAGGAGUUUGUCCCCAGCGAGCAGUGAGGAUGAACAGUGUCUUCUCACCUGCAGUUUUCCCACACCAAAGGAGUGGCAACGCAGCCCGAUCACUAACCUCACUUACACAGCAUCAGAACCUAUGGGCCAGCCUGCACUCGUCCUUUAGCUGGCUGCUGAAGGCAUGUGGUUGUCGUCUGACGGAGAAGCUACUGGAGGGAGCCCCCACUGAGGACACUCUGGUGCUCAUAGAGAGACAGACAGAGCAAGAGGAGGAAAUGAGCUGCUGGGAAGGAGCAGAAGGAGGCUGUUCUACAUCACAGCGGCACCAAUUAGAGAGUGAGCUGGGCCUCCACUUCCUGUGUGAUGAUGAAAAAUUAAGUCAAUUACCCGGCCCAAAAUUUAGGUCGCUGAGGCAUUUGAGACAGGUUCUCGGGGGUGCUGAGUUUCGUCAGCUAGUGUGGCACGUGCUCAUGGGAAACCAGGUCAUAUGGAGAGGCGCUGACCCCGGGCUCAUCCAGUCAGCUUUCACGCUGCUCAAGUCUUUGGUCCCAGUAGGCUGUGUGCGUUCGGUGCCAUACAGUGCUCAGUAUGAGGAGGCCUACAAAUGCAACUUCCUGGGUCUAAGCCCAGAUGUGAAUAUUCCAACGCACGUCAGCUCCUCAGAGUUUUCAUUGCUGGUGGAUGUCAGUACAGAGAGAAGCUGUCAGAUGUCAGCCGUGGGUGAAGACGAUAUCUACUCACUUUAUCAGUUCAACAUCAGCAGUGCCAACACACAGCCCACUGACAGGGGUCCCGCAUUAUUGAACAAGCUUGAGGUGGCUCUGUCCAACGAGAACUUGUCUGUGGAUGUCGUGUCUCACUGCCUGCUGUGUCUGAAGGAAGAGUGGAUGAAUAAAGUUAAAGUGCUGUUCAAGUUCUCCAAAGUGGACGGGCGAGGGAGAGAGGACACCCAGAAGGUUCUGGCCCUCCUCGGCGCCACAGGGCCGGGCGAGGAGGACAACGUCAGGCUGCUCAAGUUCUGGAUGACUGGACUCAGCAAAACCUACAAGAGUCAUUUAAUGACAGCCGUCCGAGGUGGGGAGAGGAGCCCCAGCCAAUAAAAAGAGAAGGAGAAAGAGGUAGAGAGGGGGGGUUAUGGAAAUCAAAGAUGGGGAAAUUCUAUCAAAGGGAAAGCGAAAGCAAGAAUCCUGUCACCCACCACUUUUGUGAACUGUUAGUGGAAAGAAAGAGGAAUGUGAAUGGAUGUCAGACAUGCUUUGGCUCAUCCAUUAUUGUUUUUUUAAGUAAUCUAAUGUUCCUUCCUGCACGGAUUAACACGUUCGGUGAGUUUAGAUAAUGUAUGAGCGCUCUUGUUUGUCAAAGGGAAUUAUUGUAGAGGAGCUCUUCAUAGCAAUAUGUUUAACUUAUUACAAACAGACUUUGCACUUUGUUUACUCUUUUUCUGAUGUUUUAAAAUGAAAAUAAAUUAAUACGAAUAUGUCAGUCUGUUUUUGAAUAUGUUUUUUAUUCCACGAUUGGCUCCAUCUUGUGGAGAGCUGAAAGAAUAAAGAGGGAGUGAGUUGAACGAGGUGAGCGGCAUUUCAUUGCCGGCCCCCACUCACUUGUUUCAGUGGCUGUCAGCCAACCAGCCCCGAAGUGGUGUAAGACAACACUUAUAAGGUUUCUGGUGUCCCGAAAUGUACAAAGCGGUUGCAUAACACGCCCUCGCUCUCGUACAGCCGACCGCAUCAGCAGGACUUUAGCUUCUUAAUGAGCUAGUCGCUCUCUGAUCCAAUAAAAAGCUGAGUUUUUUUAUUUACAUACCACAGUUAUUCGAGCCUGUUGCUUUGCUGAAGCUUGCAGACUUUAGUCAAUAAAAUUCAGCAACAUAGAGCUUUGUUUAAAGUGUGUGUGGGGGGGCUGUUUUUUUUUUCUUUCUUUACCCAUACCUAUGUACCUAUUGUGUAACAAAAAGACAUAUUCAAACACAUGUUUGACUCGAGCUUUCCUCCUAAAAUGGAUCUGUGUCUCAACAUCGCUCGUGUGCUUUUGUGUCCUAAGAGGGUUUUUUUUGGUUAUGCUUUUCUCUGACUAACUCAAAUCUGGAUUUGAUUUAGCAAGUUUCUAUAAAAGAAGCAGAAACAUAAUUUGCUGCAGUGCCACAAAUUAGUUACAUAUUUACUUCCCUCAAUAAGCAAGCGAUGUAUGAAACAGGAAGGCGGCACAGUGACGGGAUAUUUAUACCCGGCAUUAAAACGCAUAGUAUAUGUGAGGAGGUUGUGAGAUGAUGAUGCCUCUGGGAGUGUUAAGGACUUGCUUGUGCUGAAGCUGCUGCUCUCUAGUUUCCUUUUCCCGCUCAACAGAGAUUGGACUUUGGAACGCUGUACUGUUUCAUUUGGCUUGUGUUCAAAAAAAGGGCACAGAAGAACAAUUCCUCUCAGACAUGAAGAAACUUUUUACUUCCUUUCAUUAGUAAUAAACACCUCUCGUGAAAUCGAAAUGACUUGGCACAAAACAACACUUUACAGACAGGAUGAUGACAGCUGUGCACAACAUUAGACGUCACAAUCACACCAGCCGCCUCUGUGGAACCCAUUUUAACAGAAAUGACUGCAGCAAGCUGUCAUAUAAGGAAUGACUUGCAAGUUCAAGUGAUGUAGUGUUGCAAUCCUCUUU